AUGUCUCUGGCCAGCAAGCUCUCCAUCACCGAUGUCGACCUCAAGGGCAAGAGGGUUCUGAUUCGGGUCGACUUUAACGUACCCCUCGACGACACCAAGAAAAUCACAAACAACCAGCGCAUCGUCGGCGCCGUCCCCACCAUCAGGCACGCCCUCGACCAUGGCGCAAAGUCGGUUGUCCUCAUGUCCCACCUCGGCCGCCCGGACGGCAUCCCCAACCCAAAGUACUCGCUCAAGCCCGUCGCCGCCGAGCUCGAGAAGCUGCUGGGCAAGCCCGUCACCUUUGCCCCGGACUGCGUCGGCCCCGAGGUCGAGGCCAUUGUCAACAAGGCCGACGCCGGCGCCGUCGUGCUGCUCGAGAACCUGCGCUUCCACAUUGAGGAGGAGGGCAGCUCCAAGGACAAGGACGGUAACAAGACAAAGGCCGACAAGGCAAAGGUCGACGAGUUCCGCAAGGGCCUGACGGCUCUGGGCGACGUCUACAUCAACGAUGCCUUUGGCACUGCCCACCGCGCCCAUUCCUCCAUGGUUGGCAUCGACCUCCCGCAAAAGGCAGCGGGCUUCCUCAUGAAGAAGGAGCUCGACUACUUUGCAAAGGCCCUCGAGUCGCCUCAGCGCCCCUUCCUGGCCAUCCUCGGCGGCGCCAAGGUCUCGGACAAGAUCCAGCUCAUCGACAACCUGCUGGACAAGGUCAACACGCUCGUCAUCUGCGGCGGCAUGGCCUUUACCUUCAAAAAGGUCAUUGACAACAUGGCCAUUGGCGCUUCCCUCUAUGACGAGGCCGGCUCCAAGACGGUGCCCAAGCUCAUGGAAAAGGCCAAGAGCAAGAACGUCAAGGUCGUGCUGCCCGUCGAUUUCAUCACGGCCGACAAGUUCGACAAGGACGCCAAGACGGGCAGCGCCGCCGACCCCGCCGGCAUCCCCGACGGCUGGAUGGGCCUCGACUGCGGCGAAAAAUCCAUCAAGCUGUACAAGGAGGCAAUUGACGAGGCCAAGACGAUUCUGUGGAACGGCCCGGCGGGCGUCUUUGAGUUUGACAAGUUUGCCCACGGCACCAAGGCGACGCUCGACGCGGCCGUCGAGGGCUGCCAGAAGGGCAAAAUUGUCAUCAUCGGCGGCGGCGACACGGCGACGGUGGCGGCCAAGUACGGUGUCGAGGACAAGCUCAGCCACGUGUCGACGGGCGGCGGCGCCAGCCUAGAGCUGCUCGAAGGCAAGGAGCUGCCGGGCGUGGUGGCUCUAUCGAGCAAGUAG